AUGGACGAGGCGAGCAAUAAGGAGGGUGGAAAAGCAGUGUCGGGGCUGGGCACGAGCGAAUCGUCGAUUCACCCGAGUUACACCAAACUACUCUCGUUUCCCUACGACGUGAUCUGCCGCCAGCGCCUUGCACGAAAGAAGCGAGCAUACGCAAGACAAUUCAACCGGGAGUUAAAUCACAUGAUUGCACUCAAAGUACGUGCAAUUGAUGGCAUAAGGUUGGAUCUUCUCUUUACCAUGGACUAA